GAAGGCAUGUUUUAACGUGACAUUGAAAGAGUUGAUUUACAUAUCUUUCAUUCAGCUUGGACUGUAAUGCGUUAUAUUCAUCUCCAAGCCGAUGGGACAUACACCAGAAGUAAACUUCUCAUGCUCCCUCAAAACAAACACCUUCAUGCCCUUUUCUUUCAGUUGGUGUGGAGCUCUAAAUUAAUUUUCUUUACCGUAGUUAGUUGCAGAGUUCAUACACACACACACUUUUUUUUAUUGAAACACCUAUUGCACGGACAGAAAAAUCCCAACAAUAUACAUACAUCACAAAUUUGCUGUGUAUAACCUUGCAUGCACAUCCAGCAUUCUUAACAUAGCAGCUGACCAGCGAGGAGUGGCCCGGGCAGCAACAUCACACAGGGCCCUAAAACAUCCACGGAGCCACAGGAAACAGACUCUGCUCAUAGCGCCUGGUCUGUCCAGCAGCCUCUCUGUCUCUGGUGUCCGGAUGCAGACAUGCAAAAGGUUGUGAGGAGGAGAGCAAUGAAAGUGAGAAAGCCUCUUCCAGGGUUAAAAGAGGAACAAACAAGGGAGUAAAUAAGAGGGUUAGAAAAAUAUGAUAAUCCUAAAAGCAGUUCUCUGGACCCUGAUGUGUAGUUCAUGAAGCACUAAAUAAUGACAGUCGAAAAAUAAAGAGACAUUUGGUUCAUUCUUAUUAAAUACUAAGUAUGAUUUACCUACCUCGUUGAUUUGUUUGUCAUACUUAAAUCCCGAAUUGAAUGGUUAAACAGAAGAGGUCAAAGGGCCAAGAUGAGAAGAUAUGUUGGUCAAAUGCUGUGGUCCAAAUAAAAUGACUUCAGUUCUGUUGACAUUGAAGUACGGAAAGAAAAAAUGUUAAAUUUUGAUGAUCUCCUGAUAAUUAAACUGCCUACAUUUUAAGUGUAAUGUGGAGGAAAGUUUUAUUCAAAAAAAGAAAAAGAUUCAAAUAUUGUCUUUUGUAAAGAGCGUACUUAGGUUGGCAUCACUUUCCUCACUUUAUUUAUAGACGCAUUAACCUAAUUCAGCUUUUCCAGCCUUGCUGACGAGCAAAAACACAAGAUGAUGAGGAAGAAAAGCUACAACUUAAGUACUAAUGUAAGUACUAGACUUCCUGAUCCACACACCAGCUGGUGGCGGUAAUGCACCAAUUCGUUGUUUACCAACCGCCAAUAAACCUCAAAGAAGAAGAUUACAAAAGGCGGCUGCUGGGUUUGUUGACUUUCUCUGAGGAAUGGCGGACCCCAUGGAGGUUCACUUUUCGGUGAAUGACUUCACUUCGACUGUCUCGAGCCACGCCGGCAACUCAAGUUCUGCAAAUCCCCGUGACCCACAGCGCCAUUCGGUUCAUGCACAGUCAGUGGAACCCACACAACGUGAUCAUGAUUAUUGCAAGACGGGCAGUAGGCAAGAUGUGCAAUAUAAGUCGACUCAAUAUAAGACGACUCAAUAUAAGUCGACUCAAUAUAAGAUGACUCGAUAUGAUGACGUUGGAUACCCGUUUAUUGAUAAUGACCACAAGGCUUUGCACUACAUCGGUAUCGCCCUGGAUGUAUUUAACAUCCUUGUGUCUUCACUGGAAGGAAACACUAGCAAUACAUUUCCAAUGUCUCUGCGGAAUCAAGUUCUCCUGACGCUUAUGAUGUUAAAGACCAACCGUGACAUUGCUAAGCUGGCCGAACAGUUUCGCGUAUCGGAGAGCAUGGCUAGCAAGAUCGUCUCGUUUUGGAUCGACGAACUGGAGAAAGUUCUGCAACCUCUAAUUCCGUGGCUUCCCAAAGAAACCAUUGAAGCAACCAUGCCCCAAGCAUUUAGGAAGCACUAUCCUAACACAACGUGUGUUUUACAGUUCUGUCAGUGCUAUGUGCAAAAAAACCCAAACCGUGAGUCAAGAGGGGAACCGCACGUCCACUAUUAUGACACGGUGAAAUUUUUGGUUGCUGUCGCCCCAUGUGGACUCAUCAUGUUCAUCUCUGGAGCUUAUGAGGUGCACAGCAGUGACAAAAGCAUAACCUUGAACUCGGGACUUUUCGACAAAUUAAAAGCCGGAGAUGUGUUCAUGACACAACAUGGAUAUUGCUCCAGAAAUGUGUCAUCCACUAGCCACGUUGCUAGAGCAAUCCAACAUUUGAAGGUUUACAAAAUAUUAUCACGCGUUGUUUCGAAUCGCAUGGCUCCUCAAAUCAACAAGAUUCUGAGAAUAUGUUCCGCUCUUGUCAAUUUAAGAUACGAUGUCGUCCAUGCCUCGCAGUAAUUGAGCAUGUGAUCAACAUGAGUGGACUUAAUCUACUUGGUUGUCAAGAACCGUCCAAAGAAAUGGUGCAGUAUUAAUCUCUGAUGGUUGAAAAAUGUUUUGGGGGGAAAAAAACAUGUUAGGGAGUUGGGGAAUUUGUGUGAAUAGUUUUUGCAUGUUUUAUAUUUACAUUACAUUCUUUUUAUUAUAUUUAUUUACAUUUUUUAAAACUCUGACAACUUGGAAGGUGGAGAACAAUAAGUAACCACUCUCAUCGUGUAAUGUCAUCAGCUUGUUUUGAAUAUGACGUGACUGUUUUUUACUUUUCUUACUCAUUUGCAGUAAAAUGUACUGUAUCAAACAUCGUUGCACAUCUCUUCAUUCUUAAAACGGAAAUGAAACGACUGUGAAGGCAUGUUUUAACGUGACAUUGAAAGAGUUGA